CUCCUCAACUCAUAACUCCUUUUACUCUCUCUCUCUCUCUAAAACAGAGAACCAAACCCCAUGUCAAAGAGACAGGGGAAAUUCAUAAUUCAUCCCAUUCUUUUGUUCGUUUAAUCCAUUCUAAAAAUUAAAAAAAAAAAGUUAAAAAAAAUCAAAAAAAAUCGAGUCUAAUCAUUUCAACAUUUCAUACCCCCAUCAAAUUUUUCGUUAAUUUCUGGGUUUUUGAGAAGGAGGAGAAGAUGAAAAACAACAAUGAAGAACAAGUAAGGUCUCUUUUCGGAAUCAGUUUAACAAGCAGACCAAAGUGGCAUCAAUUCCUCAUUUGCUCUUCUGGGUUUUUCUUCGGUUACCUCAUCAAUGGCAUCUGCGAGGAAUAUGUAUACAACAGGCUUAAAUUUAGCUAUGGUUGGUACUUCACAUUUAUUCAGGGGUUUGUGUAUUUAGCAUUAAUAUACAUGAAUGGCUUUACAACAAAGCAAAUGGUGAAUCCAUGGAAGACUUAUGUGAAGCUUUCAGCUGUUCUUAUGGGUUCUCAUGGACUUACUAAAGGAUCCUUGGCUUUUCUUAAUUACCCUGCUCAAAUUAUGUUCAAGUCAACUAAGGUUUUACCAGUCAUGAUAAUGGGUGCAUUCAUCCCGGGCUUAAGAAGAAAAUACCCUCCAUCUGAGUAUUUAUCAGCAUUGCUUUUGGUGGUGGGUUUGAUACUCUUCACUUUAGCAGAUGCUCAAACAUCUCCAAACUUUAGUAUGAUUGGUGUUAUGAUGAUUAGUGGUGCUCUAAUCAUGGACUCCUUCCUCGGAAAUUUGCAAGAAGCGAUCUUCACCAUGAAUCCCGAAACCACUCAGAUGGAGAUGUUAUUUUGCUCAACGGUUGUUGGGUUGCCAAUGUUGAUACCACCCAUGAUUCUGACAGGAGAAUUGUUCAGAGCAUGGACUUCGUGUUAUCAGCAUCCCUAUGUGUAUGCUGUGUUGAUUUUUGAAGCCAUGGCCACCUUUAUUGGUCAAGUGUCUGUCUUAUCUCUCAUUGCAUUGUUUGGUGCUGCUACGACAGCUAUGGUGACAACAGCAAGAAAGGCAGUGACAUUGCUGCUAUCUUACUUGCUCUUCACAAAGCCUUUAACCGAACAGCACGGAACAGGGCUGUUGUUGAUCACCAUGGGAAUCGUAAUAAAGCUAUUACCUGAUCACAAACCCCAGAAAAGAAUCCCAAAACCAACCGAAGUCGGUAAGAUCGAAAAACCAUCGAAAGAAGAGGAGAUGAAGCGGUUGAUUAACGAAGAUGAUCAAGAAAGAAGGCAGGUGGUUUGAGAAUAAAUAAAUACCGCGUCUAGUACAAGAUUUUUAAUGAGAUCGUUUCUUGUAGAUUGAUAGGAUUCCUCCAAAAUUAGGGAGAGAUUAAUGUAAUUGGGUUGGUAUGGUAAUUAAUGCUAUGAUAGCAAGUCUAUAGAAAUGUAUUAAGAUUAUACUCCCCCUCUUGAAUGAGUUCCAUAUCAGGUGAAUAUAUUGUCAAAUUCAAAUUCAAA